AUGCAGAACCUCAACAGCAUCCUCGUAUUUCCGAUGGAGACCUUCUUACAAAGUGACUUGAAAAGCGAUCUCAAAAAACCUUUUGAGAAGGCCCUCAAGGAAUACGAAUACAAAUACGAAAAACUUCGCAAAGAAAAAAUUCAGGCUAUGAAGGAGUCGGGAAUCUACAUGCCGGAUGUUUUUACAGCAGAGAUGGCCGCAGAUCUUGAGAAAGAACGGCGGCGAUUGCAACUAGAAGUUUGUGAGUACCUCAUCAAGGUGAACGAGGUCAAGUCGAAGAAAGGUGCAGACUUCCUACAGCACUUUAUUGAUUUCUACCACGCCCAUCUACAGUACGUUUCAUUUUUUAUAUCGUCUUAUAUCUCGCUAUAUAUGUACACCUGGAUUGCCAUUCCCUUCAUAGAUUUCCCCCAUACACCCAGGGAAGGCUAUUAG